AUGAAUAUAGACACUUUGCAGACAGACAAUUUCAGCUAUGAUUAUAACUACUCAUAUGUGGAUUAUCCUUUGAUUAAAUUAGAGGAAGAGAAUGUUUCAUUGGCGGUGAUCAGCGCCGUUUGCUACAGUCUCAUCAUCUGCAUCAGUCUACCAGGAAACAGCUUUUUGCUUUGGGUGGUCUUGAAGAAGGUGGGUUCGAGAAGCUCUGCGGACUGCUUGCUCCUUCAUCUCACAGCGUCCGACCUCAUCUUCACCUUCACGUUGGUGCCCUGGACCGUGAAUCACAUCUGGGGCUGGAUCUUUGGGAAUCUGGCCUGCAGGUUGUUCAGCUGGUGCAUCUUCUUGGGCCUUUACAGUUACAUGAUGUUCCUCACAAUCAUGACUGUCCAUCGAUAUGUGGCGGUCGUGCAUCCGGUGUUCGCUUCAUCUGUCGGCAAUAGCAGACUGUACACACACGCCUCGUCUGCUGUGGUGUGGUUGAUCUCGGUGGGCUUCAGCCUGCCUGAAAUGAUCUUCUCUGAGACCGUGGAAACUCAUGGCGGUGUGUCCUGCAUUCCCACUUACAACUCAAUGUUUAUGGAGUCGUUUGGAUAUUUCACGCAGAUUAUUCUCUUUUUCCUGCUGCCAUUCCUGGUUAUUGCGUUCUGCUACACCCGGAUGGCUUUUAGCAUCCAUCAGAGCCGCAUCAGAAGCAGAAACCAUGCUUUAUGUAUCAUCUUAAGCAUCGCAGUGGGAUUCUUCAUCUGCUGGGCGCCGUAUAACAUCUUCCUCUUCCUCAUCUCCUUGAGGUCUUUAGGCGUCGCUGUAUUCAGGCAGGCGGUGUGGGAAAACGCUUGGGAGAACAUCUACAGUAUCACUCAUAUUCUAGCGUAUUCCCACUGCUGUCUGAACCCGCUCGUCCACAUCUUUGGAGGGAAGAAGUUCAGGAGAUACCUGCCAUGGGCCGGAGGCUUUCGUCGGCUCUCACAGAGGUUCAGCACUCAAACCUUCAGCAAUCAGAGCAGCUUCUCAGGGCAGUUUCAUCUCUGAUCAUAUCAAGGGUCAAGUGUCAUGAUAUCAUGAGG